AUGUCGUCCCUCCUCGAAUCCGUUUACCUCUUCAUCUCGUCCCGAUUCCGAAAACUCGAUAAGUAAGUCUGUUUCCCAAAAUUCUAGGACUAAUUUUUGUAAAAAAAAAAAUGUUUUUGUUCACUGUUUCAAAGUUUCAAUUCAAUAACUACACAAUGUAUAAUUUUCAUGGCUCGCGUUGACUUUUUGUUGAAAAAUGACAAGAACUGUACAGAAUCAAUGAAUGAAAAUAUUAUUUUUUUGUCUGUUUCAUCUAAACACCAUAAAAUUAGGGUUUUAAGUUAAAAUGUUGAACUGAUGUUCAAAGUGUCAUAACAAAUUAUUCAGAAACAUAAAAAAGCGAUUCGGAUUCACGGACAAGGAAAAAGAGGAUGAGUACGGAUGGACGGACUUGGACCGGCUGAAUUUAAUACGCGUCUGUCAAAGUCAUCGAGAAUGGGACCAGCGAAUUAUUGCGAUGCGGAGGGCCUACAGAGACAUCAACAGUCAGCCGAGGUUCCUCACCGAAAAUGUACGUUCUUUUCGCUUUCAAACAUGGCUCGGAUUUUGUUGUCAAAGUGCACGGGUGUCAUAUUUAUCUGUGUGGCAAUGAGAGGCAAUACGGACAGACACAAAGAAAUUUCAAAAAUUUUUAAAAAAAGAACUGUUUCAGUGCUGUCGUGAAGAACUGGAACGUCUGCUAAGCCUGCCCACUCCGUCGCUUUCGGAGAAAUCGAAAAUGGAAAAAUGGGCGGAGCAUUUCAUUUUCAAGGACGGAAAGCAAUCGGAAGAAGAAGAGGAAGACGAAGAGGAAGAAGAGGAAAAUCACGAGAUUACCUUCAACAAUAAUUAUUUGCCAGCCAAUUGUACCACAAAAAUCAGCCGGCAUAACCAGUUAAAGUGA